AUGAAUAAGAACGAACGGUUCCACAUUGUAUACGAGAGUGACACUUACUCAGAGUUUUACAUCACAGCGUUUCACAAUUUCCAGACAAUCACAAUAAAUGGAACGGCUUCAGCUUUGAUAUCAAGUACAACUUCAAGUAUUCCAUUAAUUUAUUAUGUUCCCGAGUUUAAUAAGAGCGCGAUCGUAAGUACAACAGUUAUCAUAGAAACCAAACCAACAUCUACCACCAGCACUGAAAAGAGUAAAGCCCCAGUUGUUGGUCCUGGGGUAACAGAACCUACAAAUACUACAACAUUCGAAAGCACUGACGCUCCUUCCGAGAAAAAUACUUCAACACCGUUUGUUACUGAAAGCACUAAAGAACCUACUGUCACCACUGGUACUCCCGUGAAAAGUACUUCAACACCCACUGAAGAACCGACUGUCACCACUGGUACUCCCAAGAAAAGUACUUCAACACUUUUACAUUAUGUAAACGUAAAAGUUCAAAAUGAUUAUGGUAAUGAUGUUGAUGUACGAACGAACUCUGAAAUUUUUGAUGAUUUUGUUGUUGAAGAAGGAUCACAGUUUGAAGUGAACAGAACAAGUUUUUCCGAUUUGCCUUUUAUUCUUAGAGUCUUUGAUCGUCGUGAUGGCAUUCCUGUUAUUAUAGAUGAGAAUAAUUAUGUUGUUAUACACCCGACUGUUUCGAAGGAUUAUAUUUACAAAAUAUUGGUGAAACCGGGCGAGAAGAAAUUUUACGUUGUUUUUUUGAUUGUAAAUAAUCACGGAGAUGAUAUUGUUGUGUCUACCGAACUUCCUGGAUCAUCAGGGGAAAUACCAAUUAAAACUGGUACUACUUUUGUUGUCAGUGAACAACCUAGCAACGACAAUCCUAUUGCUGUAACAGCAAUUGACUCAAAAAGCUCUAGGGAACUAAGCAUUAAUGGUGAAAGAAGUGUUGAAAUCAAGCCUAGUUCUAUGUUUGGUGCAUCAUUUCAAGUUUUGUUUGUUGGCACAGUAAUUCCUGCUCCCACAUUUGCUCCUGGCACGAAGGUGUAUUUCGUUUCUUUCAUCAUUUCGAACACAUAUGGUUACAACAUUAACCUUAAAUCUAACCUACGGAACCCUUUUAAUGAUCUGGUUAUCAUUAAUGGUCAAACAGUUAGUUUAGAAGUGAAAGUGUCGAAUGCAGAACCUAUUAUGUUCGAGGCAUUUGUGCCAGAGAUUGGCGAAACAAUUAAAAUCAACGGUGUCAUAAAGUACAAUCUACGUCCAAAAGAAAACUCGGGCAAUUUCACCGUUUUAACCCUAGAGGAAAAUCCCGCAUUGGUUAAACCGCAACCAACAAGUAUAAAAACAACACCAGUGAUUGCAAAAACAACUGGGACUCCAGAUGUUAAAGAGAAGUACUUUGUCAAUGUUACCAUUGUGAACGAACAUCAUGGACAGAUUAGGGUUAUAACUACUCAUCCUCAGUACGGUUUAUUCGACAUAAAUAAGAACGAACGGUUCCACAUUGUAUACGAGAGUGACACUUACUCAGAGUUUUACAUCACAGCGUUUCACAAUUCCCAGACAAUCACAAUAAAUGGAACGGCUUCAGCUUUGAUAUCAAGUACAACUUCAAGUAUUCCAUUAAUUUAUUAUGUUCCCGAGUUUAAUGAGAGCGCGAUCGUAAGUACAACAGUUAUCAUAGAAACCAAACCAACAUCUACCACCAGCACUGAAAAGAGUAAAGCCCCAGUUGUUGGUCCUGGGGUAACAGAACCUACAAAUACUACAACAUACGAAAGCACUGACGCUCCUUCCGAGAAAAAUACUUCAACACCGUUUGUUACUGAAAGCACUAAAGAACCGACUGUCACCACUGGUACUCCCGAGAAAAGUACUUCAACACCGUUUGUUACAGAAAGCACUGAAGAACCGACUGUCACCACUGGUACUCCCGAGAAAAGUACUUCAACACAGUUUGUUACAGAAAGCACUGAAGAACCGACUGUCACCACUGGUACUCCCAAGAAAAGUACUUCAACACUUUUACAUUAUGUAAACGUAAAAGUUCAAAAUGAUUAUGGUAAUGAUGUUGAUGUACGAACGAACUCUGAAAUUUUUGAUGAUUUUGUUGUUGAAGAAGGAUCACAGUUUGAAGUGAACAGAACAAGUUUUUCCGAUGUGCCCUUUAUUCUUAGAGUCUUUGAUCGUCGUGAUGGCAUUCCUGUUAUUAUAGAUGAGAAUAAUUAUGUUGUUAUACACCCGACUGUUUCGGAGGAUUAUAUUUACAAAAUAUUAGUGAAACCGGGCGAGAAGAAAUUUUACGUUGUUUUCUUGAUUGUAAAUAAUCACGGAGAUGAUAUUGUUGUGUCAACCGAACUUCCUGGAUCAUCAGGGGAAAUACCAAUUAAAACUGGUACUACUUUUGUUGUCAGUGAACAACCUAGCAACGACAAUCCUAUUGCUGUAACAGCAAUUGACUCAAAAAGCUCUAGGGAACUAAGCAUUAAUGGUGAAAGAAGUGUUGAAAUCAAGCCUAGUUCUAUGUUUGGUGCAUCAUUUCAAGUUUUGUUUGUUGGCACAGUAAUUCCUGCUCCCACAUUUGCUCCUGGCACGAAGGUGUAUUUCGUUUCUUUCAUCAUUUCGAACACAUAUGGUUACAACAUUAACCUUAAAUCUAACCUACGGAACCCUUUUAAUGAUCUGGUUAUCAUUAAUGGUCAAACAGUUAGUUUAGAAGUGAAAGUGUCGAAUGCAGAACCUAUUAUGUUCGAGGCAUUUGUGCCAGAGAUUGGCAAAACAAUUAAAAUCAACGAUGUUAUAAAGUACAAUCUACGUCCAAAAGAAAACUCGAGCAAUUUCACCGUUUUAACCCUAGAGGAAAAUCCCGCAUUGGUUAAACCGCAACCAACAAGUAUAAAAACAACAUCAGUGAUUGCAAAAACAACUGGGACUCCAGAUGUUAAAGAGAAGUACUUUGUCAAUGUUACCAUUGUGAACGAACAUCAUGGACAGAUUAGGGUUAUAACUACUCAUCCUCAGUACGGUUUAUUCGACAUAAAUAAGAACGAACGGUUCCACAUUGUAUACGAGAGUGACACUUACUCAGAGUUUUACAUCACAGCGUUUCACAAUUCCCAGACAAUCACAAUAAAUGGAACGGCUUCAGCUUUGAUAUCAAGUACAACUUCAAGUAUUCCAUUAAUUUAUUAUGUUCCCGAGUUUAAUAAGAGCGCGAUCGUAAGUACAACAGUUAUCAUAGAAACCAAACCAACAUCUACCACCAGCACUGAAAAGAGUAAAGCCCCAGUUGUUGGUCCUGGGGUAACAGAACCUACAAAUACUACAACAUACGAAAGCACUGACGCUCCUUCCGAGAAAAAUACUUCAACACCGUUUGUUACUGAAAGCACUAAAGAACCUACUGUCACCACUGGUACUCCCGAGAAAAGUACUUCAACACCGUUUGUUACAGAAAGCACUAAAGAACCGACUGUCACCACUGGUACUCCCGAGAAAAGUACUUCAACACCGUUUGUUACAGAACGCACUGAAGAACCGACUGUCACCACUGGUACUCCCAAGAAAAGUACUUCAACACUUUUACAUUAUGUGAACGUAAAAGUUCAAAAUGAUUAUGGUAAUGAUGUUGAUGUACGAACGAACUCUGAAAUUUUUGAUGAUUUCGUUGUUGAGGAAGGAUCACAGUUUGAAGUGAACAAAACAAGUUUUUCCGAUGUGCCGUUUAUUCUUAGAGUGUUUGAUCGUCGUGAUGGCAUUCCUGUUAUUAUAGAUGAGAAUAAUUAUGUUGUUAUACACCCGACUGUUUCGAAGGAUUAUAUUUACCAAAUAUUAGUGAAACCGGGCGAGAAGAAAUUUUACGUUGUUUUUUUGAUUGUAAAUAAUCAUGGAGAUGAUAUUGUUGUGUCUACCGAACUUCCUGGAUCAUCAGGGGAAAUACCAAUUAAAACUGGUACUACUUUUGUUGUCAGUGAACAACCUAGCAACGACAAUCCUAUUGCUGUCACAGCAAUUGACUCAAAAAGCUCUAGGGAACUAAGCAUUAAUGGUGAAAGAAGUGUUGAAAUCAAGCCUAGUUCUAUGUUUGGUGCAUCAUUUCAAGUUUUGUUUGUUGGCACAGUAAUUCCUGCUCCCACAUUUGCUCCUGGCACGAAGGUGUAUUUCGUUUCUUUCAUCAUUUCGAACACAUAUGGUUACAACAUUAACCUUAAAACUAACCUACGGAACCCUUUCAAUGAUCUGGUUAUCAUUAAUGGUCAAACUGUUCGUUUAGCAGUGAAAGUAGGAAGUGAAGAACUUGCUAUGUUUGAGGCAUUUGUGCAAGAGAAUGGCGAAAGAAUCCAACUUAAUGAUGUUGAUAAAUACUUUUUACAACCAAAAGAGAACCCGAUGAACAUCACUGUUUUAAGACUUGCAGAAAACCCAGCUCUUGAUGGAUUGAUUUCAACGUUUCGACCCACCUUGAAAGUUUCUACCGCUGCUCCUAUCACUUACUUUGUGAGUUUUAUUAUUGAGAACUCGCAUGGCAAAGAUAUUUUGAUACAAACAGAUUUACCAGUACCGUUUAAGCAAUUAACUUUACCUAUUGGACAAACGUAUAACAUAACACUCACAGUUCGUACGAAUGAUCUUGUAAGAUUUGAGGCUUUUGAAAGAGAUUCUGGUAAAAGAGUUGCGAUAAAUGGGGAUGAUGUGUUUCAUUUGUUGCCACAAGAAAGUUUAGAGAGGAUGUACAUUUUGAGUGCUCAAGGAGAAUCCCCGAAUGUUACUGGAAAAACGAAAGGCAUAAUCGUUUCUUCAACAACAACUACCCAUGUACCAUCAACAUCAGUUCCAACAGUUAGUACCGAAGCUCCUGUUGUUGUCAGUACCAAGACUUCCGUUGAUGUCAGCACCAGCAAGACUCCAGUUAAUGUCAGCACCAGCAAGACUCCAGUUAAUGUCAGUACUACCAAGACUCCAGCUGAUGUCAGUACCACCAAGACUCCAGCUAAUAUCAGCACCACCAAGACACCAGUUGAUGUCAGCACCACCAAGACUCCAGUUAAUGUCAGUACCAGCACGACACCAGUUGAUGUCAGUACCACCAAGACACCAGUUGAUGUCAGCACCACCAAGACUCCAGUUAAUGUCAGUACCACCAAGACACCAGUUGAUGUCAGUUCCACCAAGACUCCAGUUGAUGUCAGUUCCACCAAGACUCCAGUUAAUGUCAGUACCAAGAUUCCAGUUGAUGUCAGUACCAAGAUUCCAGUUGAUGUCAGUACCAAAGUUACAUUUAAUAUAACUUCAGAAUAUAUACCAACUCCGUAUGUUUCAAGUUCUCAAGCACCUGUUAACAAAAGUACAUUAGUUCCUGGAAUAUCAACUACAUCUUCAGUUGUUUCAACAGAAUCCACUAUUAGCACACAAAUAAAUUAUUUUGUGAACGUAAAAGUUCAAAAUGAUUAUGGUUACGAUGUUGAUGUACGUACGAGCUCUGAAAUUCUGGAUGAUUUUGUUGUUGAAGAAGGAUCACAGUUUGAAGUGAACAGAACAAGUUUUUCCGAUGUGCCCUUUAUUCUUAGAGUCUUUGAUCGUCGUGAUGGCAUUCCUGUUAUUAUAGAGGAGAAUAAUUAUGUUGUUAUAUACCCGACUGUUUCGAAGGAUUAUAUUUACAAAAUAUUAGUGAAACCGGGCGAGAAGAAAUUUUACGUUGUUUUCUUGAUUGUAAAUAAUCACGGAGAUGAUAUUGUGGUGUCUACCGAACUUCCUGGAUCAUCAGGGGAAAUACUAAUUAAAACUGGUACUACUUUUGUUGUCAGUGAACAACCUAGCAACGACAAUCCUAUUGCUGUAACAGCAAUUGACUCAAAAAGCUCUAGGGAACUAAACAUUAAUGGUGAAAGAAGUGUUGAAAUCAAGCCUAGUUCUAUGUUUGGUGCAUCAUUUCAAGUUUUGUUUGUUGGCACAGUAAUUCCUGCUCCCACAUUUGCUCCUGGGACGAAGGUGUAUUUCGUUUCUUUCAUCAUUUCGAACACAUAUGGUUACAACAUUAACCUUAAAACUAACCUACGGAAACCUUUCGAUGAUCUGGUUAUUAUCAAUGGUCAAACAGUUCGUUUAACAGUGAAAGUAUCAAAUGAAGAACUUGCUAUGCUUGAGGCAUUUUUGCAAAGUAAUGGCGAAAGAAUUAAAAUCAAUGGUUUGGAAAAAUACUCUUUAAAACCAAAUGAAUAUUCAAGCAACAUUACUGUUUUAAGACUCGACGAAAAUAAGGCGGUAUUUGCAUCAAUUUCAACAUUGCAGCCAACAUCAAGAACUUCUACAAAAGUGAUUGACAAAUCUGUAACCACGAAUUUAACAACUUCAGUACCAACGACGCCUGCCUCUAGUACAAAAUCAGUUUUGAUUAAUACUACGACAAAAGAGUUUACAUCGGCUUCAUUAAGACCUGAAACAACUCAAGCAAAAACAACGCAUAUUCCAGUAGAAACAACAGCUAGUACUACAGAAACUCUUUCGUAUUACGUUCGAAUGAAGGUUGUCAACAAAUACACUGGAUCCAUUCGGCUUAAAACAGAUCUUCCGUCACCGAAUAACUAUUUCAAGAUUCAACCUGGCAUACCUCUUACUAAAUCAAUUGGCUUGCCAUCAUUCCGAAAUAUUACAAUCAGUGCCUUUACAGUUUUGACAAAUAAAAGGAUUUACAUCAAUGGAUACUUACUCUUCCUUCUCACACCAUCAAUAGAUCCACAGACACCUUACGUAUCCCUCACUGUCACUGAAGAACCAGAAAGCAGAACGUCCACUUCCUCUACCCCAACACAAGUGACACGAAGCCAAACGGUUACAACACCUGUAGCUGGAGUUGUAGUGACAGGAAGCCAAAUGACAACAAUACCCUCAACGACAGCAACACCACGUCAAGCAGUAACAACACCCAUAGCUGGAGAAGCCCCUCAAAUUUUAAGAAAUCAAAAAGCACGUGAAAUCAUUCCACCUCGUAAGAAACGUUACCAAACACUUGUUGGCUCGGAAAUAUCAUCCCAUCGAAACAUUUCACUUACCAUUGUGUGCCAAGCUACUGGAAUACCUACGCCUGCUAUAACAUGGCUGCGAAAUGGUGAUCGUGUUUCUUCAAAGGGGAAUGUGAAGAUUAAAAAAGGCGGUCGUCUUCGUAUUAAGUCUCUGUCUGAAAAUGACGUCGGUCAAUAUCAAUGUCGGGCCGCUAAUAGCUUUGGUUAUGAUGCAGUCACGUCAACUAUCAUCAUAAGAACUCCAAUUCAAUAUUUUGUUCCUGUCAAUUUCUCAAACAAUGUAAACAAGGAUGUCAUAGUAAAGACUUCAGUCCGCAAGUUUGAAGAAAUUCCUAUAUCAUCGAAUGCUCAGUUGCGUUAUGUGAUUCGUCCAAGACGUCCUAACAAUGUGGUUAUAUACGCCAUUGAAAAAGACUCCAAGCAAAGACUACUUGUCAACGGCAAAGAAAGUGCUUCAUUGGCUACAAGCACAUCUCAAACUACAUUUUGGCCAAUACGGAUUACUAAAGGUGUAGUUCAACAGUUUUACUUGUAUCUUUAUGUGGAGAACAAUUUAAAUAACCCGAUUAGACUUGUGACAACAUUAGACGAUCCUCAAGCUCAGAACAGGAUCAUUCGAGCCCUUGGCAGGAUCUCUUUUCGUUUCCCUACAAACAGUAGAAACCUAGUGGAAAUUAGAGCGUAUGAUUCCAACACUGGUCGACAAAUGAAGAUUAAUAAUAGGAACUUUGUUACCGUUCAACCUUCAACUAGUACCAGGCGUGCAACUACACUGAGUGUGUCAUCUGGUGAUCAAACCUUCAAUUACUAUUUCAACUUACGAGCAACAAAUUACUACCCAAAUCCUGUGGAGUUAGUGACAACAAUGAAUCUUCGUGAAAACACCUUCGACAUCGCUUCCCGUGCAAUAUUUACGUUAAAAAUAAACACGACGAGUCCGAACUCUGUCUCUUUCCGUGUUUAUGACAAAAAGACAGGUAUUCCAGUCUUAGUCAACGGCAGAUAUAUGGUUACCUUAUCGCCUACAAGACAACUAAGCGGUGAUCCUCAGCUGCUUAAUAUUGGAAAUGUUCAACCACCAAAAAAGACAUAUAUUUCUUAUUCCAUCACAAACAACUACAUCAAUGAAGUGACUAUAAAAACAAAUUCUUCAACACAUCCUAAAGAUAUUGUACUUGAACCGGGAAAGAAGCAGACCAUACAACUGUUAUCUUCAUCGCCUGUGGCUAUAAGGGUUGUCGAUGAAUUAUCACGUCCGCGUACAAUUAACGGUCGUACAGUUUUUGUUAUUUUUCCAAAUGAAAACAAGCAAUCCUUUAUUCGACUCGGUGUUCCACUCCUAAUGACAGAACCAACGCGUCCUCAACCAAGGUAUUAUAUUGCGUUCAGUGUAAGAAACAACCUUGCAAAUGAAAUUACCAUACGAACAACUCUCGAGAGUCCUUAUGAAGUGUUCCAUGUUCGUCCUUCCGAUACUUUCACAAUAAACGCUGUGCACUUUGAUUCCAAACCUGUUUAUAUACAAGCUGAACAUCGUGAAACGCGCGUUGCAACCACACUCAAUGGAAGACGAUCUAUUACUUUAAUACCACAAGAAUCACCUGGAGUUGCUGAACUUUAUGGUGUUCCAAAUAGAUAUCGUCGCGUCUACAGUUUCGUUUAUACCUUUGUGAACACUGCUGGUAAAGCUAUUGUGCUUCGUUCUCUACUUCCACCACCUUACAAUGACAUCACAGUGGAACCGAGACAGUCUUUUAGAUACAACGUAACCGUUACCAAUCGACGACCUAUUAUCAUCAGUUUAUAUGAUGCUGUUACAAAUUUACCAACCUCUGUGGAUGGCAGGUCAACAGUAACAGUGUUUCCAAACCAAUAUGUUGUACCUUACCCAGAAAUAGAUUCAUCGUCACAGUACCAACUUCGUUUCUCAGUCGAGAAUAGAUAUGAUAAGAAAAUAUAUCUUCAAACAAAUUUACCGAAACCCUAUAAUGUAAUCACUUUCAAUCCAAACCAAAAAAUAACUGUGAAUGUCAAUGUCACCUCCAACAAAGAUGUUGAACUUAGAGCAUAUGACUUCUUGCAAAAUACAGAACUUUUGCAAAUAAACAACAGAUUCCUUAUUCGGUUAACUCCUGGCCUCAAUAGAUUUUAUACUUUAGCUGUUCCUUUUAAAGAUUACACAACCUAUUACUUUCUAUUGAAAUUUUUCAAUAAAUAUGAGAACGAUGUUAUAAUCAGAAGUGCGUUAAAUGCACCUCAUGAUUCAAUUCGUGUUUCGGCUGGAAGCUCCAUUGAAAUGACCAUAAAGACACCUAGGAAUUCUAGCAUUGUGUUCACCGUUAUUGAUGCAAACACUGGUAGGAGGGUGAUGAUAAAUGGAAGAGAAAUGGUUCUUUUACAACCUACCAAAGCUGAGCAGCCACAAGUUGAACUUUAUAUUCCUGCAAGAGUUGUGUACUACGUUCGCUUUGGUGUAAAGAAUUCCUAUGGUCAAAACAUUUAUCUUGCAACGAACAUGCCAUCACCCCAUAAUACCAUUAAUGUACCUAAAGACCAGCAGAUUUCAAAGACAGUAUUGCUUUUACAUCAAAACGUCGUCAAUAUCCGUGCUGUUGAUGCUACUACCAAUGAUAUGAUCAAGAUUGACGACAAAGAGUUUAUAACUCUAACACCAAGCAGGAAUAAACCUGAAACUUUAAAUAUUUACCAUGUCCCGAGUGCAGGACCGUAUUAUGCUUCAUUCUCAAUAAAAAAUUUACACAGCAACCCAAUUAUUAUACAAACAUCAUACGAACGAACAGAAGCUCUACCCCAAAUUGACUCAGGAAAAGUCUUAACUAGAACACUUAUACUAAAUAGUGCAGACCCUUUGACAUUCAUGGUUUACGAUGCAAUAUCAUUAGAACGUCUCACAUUGAAUGAUAAAGUGGAGAUAAGACUUAUUCCUACGGCUCAACGCAAGAAAUCAACAUUGAUAACUGUUCCUUACAAUGCUUGUCCUCUUUCAAAUGGCCGUCUGUUGAAAGUCGGCGAGCAAUAUACCAACGAUCAAUGUACAGGACUUUGUACUUGCAAUGAAGAAGGCUCUAUUGCAUGUACAUCAUUAUGCCCAUCAGUUAGAAUCAGCAUGUGUAGUCCUCCAUAUAUUCGUAAGAAAAUACGAGUACCUUCUGGACCAUCAGACAGUAAAUGUACCUGUGAACAAACUAUAUGUGUCCCACCUGAUCCAACCAGUGAAAAUUCAUCUGAUGUGAUUAUUCCACCUGAAGCAACCAAUUAUGCCUUGGGUUCUUACGCAACGCAGUCAAAUACCAGCAGAGGUGGCUAUGCUUUUAGAGCAGUUGAUGGUAAUAGAAGUGGUAAUUAUCAAGACUUCUCAUGUACUCAUACUCCAACUCAAGACAAUCCAUUCUGGUUCGUGUCCUUUGAACCCGGCUCUGUAAACGUCUCAGUUGUUAGAAUUUUUAACAGACAAGAUUGUUGUCAAGAUAGAUUAUCAAACUUUGAAAUUCGCAUUGGAGAUUACUUUGGUGAAGAUGCUGGCCGUAGUCCUAGAUGUGGUGGACUUCACACUGUAAGCGGUGCAUCCAAGGUUAUAUCAUGUCCAAAUAUGGACGGACGUUUCUUGACUAUACGUAUUCCUGGGAAACACAAGUCUUUAAGUUUAUGUGAAGUAGAAGUAUUUGGAACACGAAUCCCAGAACCUGAGUCAUCCAGACUUUGACGCUAACCUUACGGUCCAAGAAGAAAAUAAAAUAGUAAAUUCUAGCCGUUAAAAUGAAAUAAAUUACAUUAUAUACUUAUGGAAUAAAAGGUUGCAUGUGUAAUUAUCAUAAUUAAAAAACUAAAUGCUAAUUUAUUUCCACGAAAUUAUAUAGUUACAUAAUAGUGAACGAGCCUAUUUUAUAGUUCGAAUAAGUGUAGAAUCAUGUGUGAUAGUAAAACAGUUUCUGGUUUUCAUAACUAUACGGUUUUUCUCAUUGAUAAUUGCGAUUACAAGAAUAGAUUUAUGUUUAAUGUAAUUUGCUUUCAGUCUAAAAUUAAACUUUCCAGCAGCUA